AUGUACUUGUUUGUAGAAAUUGCUAAGGGCAAAAGGGGAGCUGGUCUAAAUAUGAACAUCUUCAAGACUUUACUCAUAUGCACAGCAGAAAUUCAGAUUUUAAUUAACUCAGUGAAUUUGCCUGAAAAUAUGCUUCCUGGAACACAACUAAGUCGUGCUUAUGAUAAAGAUGUGGCUGGAAAGGGAGAUGUCUACCAUUUUCUGAAUAAAACAAAGGAUUUUGUCAUUGAUGCCACUAUGUUAGAAAUUGAUGAAGACUAUCCAUUAUUUCAGUCCAUUUAUAGAGUGAUGGCCACAGAUGAGGACUUCGCAAACGGCGAUAGGCUGAAUGUUUUCCAGCUUGCACUGAAAGCAACAGAUACAACAGGUCUGUUCUGUCAAGGGACACUAAUUAUCUUGAUUAGAAACAUAAAUGAUGAGAAGCCUCAAUUUGAGCCAUUUCCUCUGGAUGCUAUUAAUGUGACUGAGAAGAAAUCUAUUGGAGAAAUUAUAGCAAGAGUAAAAGCAACAGAUCGAGAUGAAGAUAGCAGUAUCAUUUAUUCAUUUAAAACUCAGCAGAAAAUGUUUGGUUUGGACUCUUUCACCGGAACAAUCACUCUUCUUCAGCCUUUGAGUCUUAACAACCCAAGUAACUCCAAAACCUACUCUUUGGAAAUUGAGGCAACAGAUAAUGGAAAUAAUACCAGCAGCUAUAUGUUUACAGUUUUUGUGGAGAAUGUAGAUGAUCCUAUUUCCUGUGAUCCAAGUUUUUCAACAGGAGCAGGUAUUUCAGUGUCUGUUCCUGAAAACAUUCCUGCAUCUGCUUUUAUAUAUAAGAUUCUUUCAAGAGAUCCAGAUCUAGGACAGGAAAUUGAAUUUUUAAUAUUAAAUUCUUCAAUUAAUGCCACUGCCUACUUUGCUUUGGAUUCACAUAAUGGUGUCAUUUCUAAAACCACUGAACCUCUUUUGGACUAUGAAACAAAUCCUAAGCAUUUCUAUUUAGUGAUUGCUGUGAGAAACCGACAAAACCUGUCUCUGGAGUUAUGUGUUGGCACCAUCAAUAUCAACAUCCAGAAUGUCAAUGAUGAGAGUCCUGUUCUUAAAACUGAACGUCCUGAAAACAUCCCAGCUGAAACUCUUUUAGUCUCUCUAACUUGUACAGAUAAGGACGGAACUGCUCCCAAUAACAAUAUAACAUAUCAUUUGAUUAUGGGUGCUUUUUCAAAUGAAACAUUUACCCUCACAAACAAUGAAUUAAGAAUUGGACCUACACAUCUGGAUUUUGAUAAUGCUAUUUUUGCAGGAAUGCAUUUCAAAUAUACAUUGUUUGUGAAAGUGUCUGACAAGGGAAGUCCUGUACUAUCAACAAUCAUUACAGUCAUCGUAAGUGUGAGUUGCAUAAAUGAACUGAAUCCAGUUGGAACUGCAUCGGCAUUCACCUUCAGUGUAUUUGAAAAUAGUCCAGUUGAUACACUAGUUGGAAAAGUUACAUUUAUUGAUGCAGACUGGUCAUUUAAUAAUAUGAAAUAUACCAUUGUUGGAGGCAAUUUAGGAACACCUCCCAAAUUUUACAUUGAACCAGAUACAGGAGUGAUAAAGCUAUUAGAUUCACUAGACAGAGAAAUUGAAUCACAGUACAAAAUAUCUGUGAGAGUAACAGACUUGGACAACGAUGCCAUCCCUGACCCUUUCAAGCAGAGAAGUGGUACUGCUCAUGUGACCAUCAAUGUUCUGGUAAGAAUGAGUCACUGCUUGUGA